AUGCCUCUUCCUCAGAAAACCGAUAUUCUCGUGAUAGGCAGCGGCAACGCCGGCCUCAGCGCUGCCCUCUCAGCCGCACAAACAAACCCAACCCUAAGAAUAACCGUUAUCGACAAAUGCCCCGUCUCUUGGGCCGGAGGCAACAGCUACUUCACAGCUGGCGCCUUCCGCACCACACACAACGCCUACGAAGUCAACGGCAGAAUCAAGUUCUGGGGUGGUCUUGCGCUGAAGACCCAGGAUGGCGGCAAAGGUCUUGUCGAAGAUGAGCUGCGCGCAGUUAGGAACGCUGGCGUGGAUGUGUUCUUCGAUACAGCUGCCACGGCGCUAGUGACUGAUCCGACCAGCGGUGCUGUUAUCGGCGUUCAAGUUGUCAGCAGCGACAAUGCUGGCAAACGCAUUGAAACCACUAUUGCUGCUGGCGCGGUUGUUCUCGCUGCAGGCGGUUUCGAGGCGAACCCGCAGUUGCGUGCGCAGUGGCUCGGUCCUGGAUGGGAUAGUGCGCGCGUACGCGGGACACCGUAUAACACUGGUGAAAUGCUGCGGAUUGCGCAGCGGGAUGUGUCGGCCAAGACGGCGGGGAACUGGAGUGGAUGUCAUAGCGUGGCGUGGGAUGCGGAUGCGCCUGCGGAUUCGGGGAAUCGGGAGGUUUCGAAUGAGUUCACGAAGAGUGGGUAUCCGCUGGGGAUUAUGGUUAAUCGGGAUGGGGAGCGGUUUGUUGAUGAAGGAUUUGAUAUGCGGAAUUAUACGUAUGCGAUGAUUGGGCGACGGGUGCUUCAGCAGCCUGCGCAGAUUGCGUUCCAGGUUUGGGAUGCGCGGACUGUGGCGUGGUUGCGUGAGGAGGAGUAUCGGGGCGAGGUUGUUCAGCGGAUUGAGGGAGGGUCGUUGGAGGAACUUGGGGAGAAGUGUGCGGAGGUUGGACUUGUCGAUCCUGGGCGGUUUGUGGAGACUAUUAGGGAGUAUAAUGCUUCUGUUGAGGAUGGGGAUGGGCAGAAGAGGUGGGAUCCUGCCGUUAAGGAUGGGCUUGCUACUAAGGGGCUGGCUGUUGCCAAGUCGAAUUGGGCUUUGCCUAUUGACAAGCCGCCCUUCCUGGCUGUCAAGGUCACGGCGGGCAUCACGUUUACUUUUGGUGGAUUGGCUGUGAAUCCUGAAACUGCGGCAGUCAUUUCGGAGACGACGAGUGAUGAGGUUCCUGGAUUGUAUUGCGUGGGCGAGAUGCUUGGGGGCAUCUUUUAUGAUAACUACCCUGGUGGAAGUGGAUUGACUUCUGGGACUGUCUUUGGGCGCCGUGCUGGUCGAGCAGCAGCGGAGCGAGUUCGGAAUAGCGGUAGACUAGAACGGCUGUGA